AUGGACAUAUGGGGGCUUUUAGCUUUGAAGGAAAGCAGUGAUAAGCCUGACAAGCGUGGUUAUUGCAAUAAAUUCCUCUAUAAUGGAAGUGCUCACGUACAGAAGUGGACUAUUAUGCGCUCGUGUACUUUAUUGAAAGAUACUCGUUUAUUAGGAUCAGUCAUUUUUUAUGAAACGCAAAGUUCUUUGGUCAAAAAUAAGAACAAGUUCACAGUUGUUAAUCAACUGGACAUAGAAAAAAAAAUCGUACCAAAAGCGGAUUGGCUGGUUGGUGCUUACACAAUGGAAACUUGA